GAGAAACCAAGUCAUGCAGAUCCGCUCGCAGACAAGAGAACUUGUGCUUUGACAGUUUUAACGAAAUCGCUUCCUCGUGCUUCAGCCAUUGCAUGCAGAGGUUAAUUCUGCACAAUGAUGCUCUAUUUGUCAGCUUGCUUCGCGCACUCGGCCUGGGGUCAGCUGCUGAACGCACAUAUGGCUGUAGCGGCGUGUGCUUGCCACGGAUUGACAUUGGCAUAUCAUGGCAUAGCACGCCGACUACUGUGUAGUGGUUGCUGACUCGAAGGCCAAAAUUCGACUGCAUUCUCAGCGUCUCCGUGUGAGUCGCCCUCCAGCGUUCGAAAAAGCCAGCAUGACUUGCUCCAUGGUUUGAGCACGUCUCAUUCUCUGAAUCAGCUGAAUUGAAUGCAUUGUUGCUAUUUGUUCCUUACAAUACUUGAAGCCGAAGAUGUUGAACCGUCCGCAGACAUGGGACAGUGACAGUGCAUGAAACAGUGUGUAGGGCUAGGAUGGUUGACGUGGUGCCUAGCGAGUUGCCGGAGUUCAUGGAGGGCCGGUAUGACCUUUGUGAGCGGAACACCUUUCUUGACUUCCCGGCGCCGAAGCCAUUGCCCCUAGAGAAGGCGCAAACGGAUCCACCGCCUGGUCUCGAAGGACUCUGCACCAGAAAGUUUGUCUCAGAGACUGAGCAUUCAGAAGACUCCACCGCAGCAGAUGAUGCUGAAGAGACACCGCCUCCACCUUUGCCUUUGGAAUACUUUGUGACACCUGACUGCUUCGAAGAUCUGCCUGAUCUACCCAAACCGCUUUCUGCUGCGGCCCCAGCAUUUGUCCCAUCGCCCCUGCCGUGCGUAAUAGACCUGAGCCCAACCUCUGAAUCCUCACAGCCACGGCCGCGAACACAGAUUAGUUUGGAGGAGAUGCUGGGGCCAGGGGCAACGCCGCCCUUAGUGCCAAUGCCCGUGGCAGGAGGUGCACCCGUGUGGCUCCCAGCACCGCCCGUGAUGCCAGCACCGAUGCUUGCGGAACCUCCAUCUCCCGAGGUGCCCCUUGACAUUGCAGUGGCUGGCCCCAAUCUGCCUGCCAACGACCUACAGCCAGGACAUCUCUUGUGCCAGGCACUUGACAAAGGCCGCUGGGACGUACAUUGGUCAGUGGAUAGUCGGCAGCUCUAUGCUACGACAGUCCGCCUCGUAUCCAGCACUUUUACGUUGGACAUUCCGAACGUUGGCAGCACGCCCUUCAAGGCAUUUCUGCACCCGAAGGUCGUGAUCAACAACAAGCGUGGUGGAGGUUUCAAGAAAGCCAAGGGCAAAGGCAGUGUGGUGCUAAAGUGUGAGGCAGAAGAUGCAUGCCGAUGUCCAAAGAUGCACGUGUCCUUCAGAGUUGGACGGUCAGGACACCCUCCUCGAAUCAUUGAGUCACACGACUUCUCGGAGCAGAGUUGCUGCUGCCUUCCAGACACUCAGCAGGAGUGGGACUUCAGGAGCCUAGUAGACGAGCCCACAGGGGCUUUGCUGGUCUCAAUGCGAGUUGAAGUUGCAAGACGCUGAGCAAGGCCCUGCAUGGCAGUUCCACAAGUUUCCUUGUUUCGUACAGCAGUCUCACUGAUGUCACAAGCGCAACUGGCAGCUUGUUGCUAUCAAGAAGGUUUUUAGCAUGCUGGCAGCAACUGCCAGCUUGCGCGUAUCACGAGGGGGAAAGACAGAGGAGCACUCGCCUCUUUCCGCUCUCACUUGCCCGUUCAUACGCGCUAAAGCCCUAGAUCGAACAGCGCAGCCUCAAGCUGUCCUGCUUGGCACGCAUUGACCAUGCCAGUUUAGAGUGGUCUUUGCAAGUUCUUUGGACCAAUGUGGGUUACUAGUGGCAUGAGCCCACAAGCUGGGUGCGUGCUUUCAAGAUGCU